AUGGAAGGGAGGCAGAGGGUUUUCACCAUGGGGAAAGAUGGGGAGGGCCGAAGGGGAAUUUGGGAAGUUCUCCCCUCCCACACACUUUUGGUUAAAACACGUCAUAAAUCAGGUGAUUUCCUCCUCGCCGAUUCAUCCAGACUCAUACAUGCUACAGAGAAGAAAGUGCAUGUAAUAUCACUCAACAAUAAGGAAAUUCAAGGAGCUCCUUACAAAUGGGACGAGGUGAUUCCCAUCACCGAUAGAUUCAUUGUCAAUGGUACCGCUGGAUUUAUUAUGCAAGACUCCUUAAUUCUGCUUGGAGGAGACGGAAACCCCAAGAGAGUACUUCUUCUGGACUUCAGCACGAAAAAGUGGCAGACCCUCUCUUCCAUGAGAACAGGGAGAAAAGGAGCAGCAUUGACGAAGAUAGACGAAAACACCAUCCUUGUUCUGGGAGGAGAGGAUCCUAAAGGAAUGAAGCUGCUCGCCAACUGCGAGUACUUUGACACCAGGUCAAGGGGAUGGUCAGCAUUUGGAAACCUUAAAAUGCCCAUUCCUCUCUCGGAUCAUGCAGUCACAGUUUGCAACGAUUAUAUAUACGUCUCGGGGGGAUGGGAUGGGAGGGAAACCGCAAAGGACGUGUGGAGAAGCAAAUUAAAUGGUAGAGGAUCCUGGGAGAGGCUCCCCCCUUUAAACAAGCAAAGAAAGAAUCAUGGAAUGGUAGGAGAUGGUGCAGGGAAACUGUCUGUCAUCGGUGGUCGGUUUCAUCGAAUAAACCGGGAGGAUAUUCAGGUCCUUGAGACAGAAGCCUUCAAAGUGGAUGAAGGAAGUGGGUGGGUGCCACAAGGGAAACUUCCCUUGCGAAGAGCCUGGAAGGCGACAGAUAUGAAUAUAGAAAAUGCAUUGCAAGCCAGGUGGUUGAUAGUCGUAGAACUGCGUGAACUGGGACUGAAAAGACCAGACAUUGAAGAGGCGGGCAAGAAGUUGAACUUGAACCGAGUCAUCAUCACAAUGACAUUGGGUCGAUAUCUUGAGACAGGCUCUACCGCCUAA